CGAAUCGGACGUCACUUCUUCGGCUUCCGUAGCCGAAGUGAUCCUUACACUUUCUUCCAAACAGUUAUUGUUAAAUUAAUCUCUUUUCCAUAGCAAACGCAUAUUUUUAAGCGAAUCAGAUAUAAUUGCACCCGGAAGACAGGAGGAAAGGACAACACUAAAACACACCCAUUGAGCUUUCAUAAAAUUAGCUACUAGGGACAUUUUUAUGCUAUCUGUCAUGGUUGAUAGUUAGCAAGAACGCUAUUAGCGUAUAGCUCCGUUGACGGAUCGAUAUAUGACAAUACUUUAAGUAUGUUGCAGGUAAUAUAGCUGUAAGGAGAUUAACGCAUUGUGUUCGACGGGCUCUGACAGAUCUGCGAGCUUUAUUGCAGUUGUGUAUAAGAUCACGACAGUUGUGUCGAAGUUGGUAAUACGGAAAUAACAGGCAUUUUUGGCCGACAUUAUGAGCAAUUAACUGCGGGUGAAGUGUUGCCGAUAGCAUGCAUUGUGCUUUGGAAAUAUAGAAUAUGUUAAAAUAUAUUAUUGUUUCCAAAGGUAAGAUUAAUAUUUAGGUCGUUCAUGAGGAUUAGUGUCAACGGCAGGAUGUCAAAGGGAUUUGUUAGCUGAGAUGCAUAACAAAAACAUGUCAUCUUCAUUGUCGUAACCCGUUUGUAAAGUUUUGCUUUACAAAUCCUUACCAUUUCCCGGGGAGUUUGUGGGACUCUUUGGAUUCCUGUAAAUGGUUGUUCGUUGAAAGUGUAUUCUGUCAAACUCACUUUCCUGACCAAAUACCCAAUAAAUAAAUCGCAUUAUGUCAGGGGAUAGUAGUGGUAGCGGCGAAGACUCGGAUCGAGAAACCCACCGUAAAGUCUGCACCGUUAAGCACGAGAUCACUAAUGCUAACCUUACUGGAUACACUGAGAAAGUUGGCAUGGAGAACUUUGAACUUCUCAAAGUGCUUGGCACUGGAGCUUAUGGAAAAGUAUUCCUGAUCAGAAAAAUAAGUGGUCAUGAUAAAGGCAAACUCUAUGCCAUGAAGGUUCUGAAGAAAGCAGCCAUCGUUCAGAAGGCAAAGACUGCUGAGCACACCCGGACAGAGCGGCAGGUUCUAGAACACAUUCGCCAGUCACCUUUUCUUGUCACCCUUCAUUACGCCUUUCAGACCCAAACCAAACUGCACCUUAUACUAGACUAUGUGAGUGGAGGGGAGAUGUUUACUCAUUUAUAUCAGAGAGAUCAUUUCUCAGAAGAUGAAGUGAGGAUCUAUGUCGGAGAAAUUAUCCUAGCCCUGGAGCACUUGCACAAGGUAGAAAUGUUAUUAUUUAGAUAAAACUGAGAUACUGUA